UGGUAUUGCUAAGCCUCGUCUCUUGAACAAACCUCUUGAGCCGCACCUUCUUAUCUCUUCUCGUCUCAUCUCAACACUUUCCUCUCUUUCGUUUCGCUUCGUCUGAGUUCUCCUUUCAAUCUUCUGCAGGAAUCCUGCAAGUUCUGCUGUAGCAGAUUCCAAGGUGAAGGUGUCACGUUGAAGUUUCUUUCAUGUUUGAACGGGCAAUUAUCCAUUUUGGAGCAAUUGAGUUGCUUGGAGAUUGUUUUUCGUCGUCUAGAAAAAAGAACAGGCCCUUACCCAGAAGGCUUAGCUGUAUGCAUCGUGCGCCAUACCAGGAACAUCCUAAGCUUUGUUGUUGGUGUUUGCAUCCCACCAUUGCUGAAGGAGGGUCUUUGUGAUUACAAUCAGCAGAUCACAACAUUGCAGCUGAAUAAACUUUGAAUUCCAGCAUCUGCUGCCACUCUUGUGUUUCUUUUGAGACUUUCAGUAUUUGAGUCAUCAUGGCCUUACAGAACAUUGGUGCCAGUAACAGUGAUGAUGCCUUCUACAGGUAUAAGAUGCCUAAAAUGGUUACCAAAAUUGAGGGCAGAGGUAAUGGCAUCAAAACAAAUAUUGUCAAUAUGGUUGAUAUUGCAAAAGCAUUGGCAAGGCCAGCUUCAUACACAACAAAGUAUUUUGGUUGUGAGCUUGGAGCUCAAUCAAAAUUUGAUGAGAAAACUGGGACUUCUCAUGUUAAUGGGGCACAUGAUACUGCAAAACUUGCUGGCCUUCUUGAGAACUUCAUUAAGAAAUAUGUCCAGUGUUAUGGUUGUGGAAAUCCUGAAACUGAGAUCUUAAUUACUAAGAACCAGAUGAUUCAGCUGAAAUGCGCUGCUUGUGGUUUUGUGUCUGAUGUUGAUAUGAGAGACAAGCUGACUACCUUCAUCAUUAAGAACCCUCCAGAAGUAAAGAAAGGAUCUAAAGACAAGAAGGCCAUGAGGAGAGCUGAGAAGGAAAGACUGAAAGAAGGUGAAUUAGCUGAUGAGGAACAGAAAAAAAUAAAGAAAGAUGUUAAGAAGAAAGGAACCACAUCUUCUAAGGAUGGCACAACAAAAUCUACCUCUUCAAGGAAAAAGGCAAAUGGCUCUGAUGAAGACCGAACAUCUCCUCCUCGCAGUCAAAUUGAUGAGAAGGAAGAGGCUCAUGAUGAAGAAGAUGACGAUGAUGUACAAUGGCAAACAGAUACAUCACUGGAGGCUGCUCGACAACGUAUCCAAGAACAGUUAAGUGCUGUGACAGCCGAUAUGGUCAUGCUCUCCACAAAUGAACCAGAGAAGAAGGAGAAAGCACCGACUAAGGUAAGCAACAAUUCUGAUAAUGGUAACUCCAUGCCCUACAGGACACUGGUCGGGGAAGUCAAAGCAGAUUUGAAUAAAGGUGUUGCAGCAAAGGAGUUGCUGUCCCAUCUGGCUGCACUUCCUGGAUCUGCUCAGGAGAAGAUGAGCGCUCUGUAUGAAGCCCUUUUUGAGGGCAUUGAGAAAGGGUUUGCCAAAGAAGCUAUUAAGAAAAAGAGCUACCUCGCCGCUGCAGUUGCUGAGGAAGAGGGUUUACAGUUGUUAUUGCUGCGUGCAAUUGAGGAAUUUUCUGGCAAGUCCACAUCCAAUGCGUUGAAGGAGGUUGGCCUGGUUCUGAAGGCACUGUACGAUGCUGAUGUCCUGGAGGAAGAGCACAUAGUGCAGUGGUAUCAAAAAGGGCUGAAGGGUGAUCAUAAGAACUCGCAGAUUUGGAAGAAUGUCCAACCUUUCAUUGAUUGGCUUCAGAAUGCAGAAUCAGAAUCGGAGGAAGAAUAAAAUGCUUGAACUGUUUACUUUUGCUUUGCUUGUGUCUUUUGUUCCAAAUAAAGGGUCUGGUCCCUAGUGGUGUUGAUCGUUGUUCUAAAACUUACUUGUGAUGUGUACUUUCGUGUCUGUACUUGCGUAAAAUUAUGUUCUGAGAUUGUGGAUCGUGCGUAGUAUUAUUGUGUUUGACUUUUGUCUUGGUUGUUUUUUACUAUAGCUCUUCCGUCUUCAUUGCAUUAAGUUAUGUGAAAACACUUAGCAUAAUGUGUCCUUGGACCUUGGCCUUCGUUGUUAUUCGAUGCUUGUCUCUGGAGAAACUGCCGUAUAACUCUUGCUGCACAUUUGAAAGAAUGGUAGAAUUCCUUCCAUGAUUGUCCGGUUGCGUGAGAAGAAAACUAAGGAAAACAAUAAGCGUUACAAUAAAAAGAACGCAGUGCUGGAGCCACGAGAUGUUUUUGUUGCUAUUUUUUAAAUGAAGAUCAAACUUUCAUCU